GUCACUCGCGUCGCGCAGCCGCAAGGAACGUAAACACAGUAACUGCGGAAAGCUCAAAAGGCCGAGCCAUAUUCCAUUCAUUUCAUAAACCUCAGAAAUAUCUUGCUUUCUCAAAAACCCAAUCGAUGGCGCCCGAUUCUGAGUCGAGUGACGGGCUUGUAGUUGACAACACUCUCCAGGCUAUCUGCUACAAACGCGGGUCGCUCCAGCUGCUCGACCAGAGAAAACUUCCUCUGGAAACUGUGUACUUAGAGAUUCAAGAUGCAACAGAUGGAUGGAAUGCAAUUCGGGAUAUGGUGGUUCGAGGAGCGCCUGCUAUUGCCAUUGCGGCAGCCCUUUCCCUGGCAGUAGAAGUUGCCAACUUAAAGGACUUUAACGGGACAUGUGAAGAUGCUGCUUCUUUCCUUGCAAUGAAAUUGGAAUAUCUCGUCUCAAGUCGACCAACAGCGGUGAAUCUUUCAGAUGCUGCUACAAAACUUAGAGAAAUUAUAUCAAAGGCUGCUGCUACUGCUACAGUGCCCGGUAACGUUUUCCAGGCUUACAUAGAAGCUGCUGAAGUUAUGCUUGAGGAUGACGUUGCUUCAAAUAAAGCCAUUGGGUCUUAUGGAGCAAGUUUUCUCCAUCACCUACAGAAAAAUUCAAAGAGAUUUUCUGUUUUGACCCACUGCAACACUGGCAGUCUUGCAACAGCUGGAUAUGGUACUGCUCUUGGUGUAAUACGUGCACUUCAUGCUGAAGGAGUGUUGGAAAGAGCAUAUUGCACAGAAACACGUCCAUUCAAUCAGGGAGCCAGACUCACAGCUUUUGAGCUGGUGCAUGAAAAGAUACCUGCUACUCUAAUAGCAGAUUCUGCUGCAGCUGCUUUAAUGAAAGAAGGCCGUGUGAGUGCUGUUAUUGUUGGAGCAGAUCGUGUGGCAGCAAAUGGUGAUACUGCUAAUAAGAUUGGAACCUAUAGCCUUGCCAUAUGUGCAAUGUAUCAUCACAUUCCGUUUUAUGUUGCUGCACCACUUACUUCCAUUGAUUUAUCUCUCUCUUCUGGACAAGAAAUUAUCAUUGAGGAAAGAUCUGCAAAGGAGUUAUUGCACACGCGGGGAGGACUGGGAGAGCAAGUUGCUGCAUCUGGGAUCUCUGUCUGGAACCCAGCUUUCGAUGUUACCCCUGCCAAUCUAAUAGCUGGUAUCAUAACAGAAAAGGGUGUCAUUACAAAGAAUGCUGAUGCUUUUGACAUUAAGAAUUUCAUAGAGAAGGCAACGGGCAUGUAUACUGUGUGAAGGAGGCAUCUCCAGGUGGAAAAGAUUCCAGCCUCAAAAAUGGAGGUUAAUGAUAUGUAAGUGAAAAUCUGAGCUGACUGAGCCUUAUGUCAUAAGACAUGUGGGAAUCAUUUCUGUUUUUGAUGCCAAAUUGUUGUACUACUGACUUUCUGAGGUUGUAAAAGUACAACAAUAUAAUUAAAUAAAGUAAUAUCACGGAGUUGGUUGGGCUUUGGUGGCAAA